GUCAUCCCUAGCACCCAAUAUUUAGAAGUAUAUUGCAUCUGAACACGUAGUUCUAGCUCUGGAGCAGAAUGAAAUGGUCAAACUCUCUUGUCUAAAGCCACCUAAAUUAGAGGCUGUAUGCUGUUAAUCUUGGGGCUAAAAGCUGUAGAGGGUUGUGAAGCCCUGAUUCUUAGAAAAUCCAGCCCACCCUUAUUGAACUGCUGCAGUUUCAUCACCAGAUGUAGCCAGCAGAGCUGUGAAUCAUGUGAGAUCUAAAUAUCUGGUGAGCACGAAAUGAAAGAUGAUAUGGGGAGUUUUGUGUAAGAGUGACCUUACCUUUCUUGCAUUUCCUCCAUUGCCUUGCAGAUACGAGGAGGUCCAAGCCCAAGAGCCCACUCUGAUUUCCAUUGAGCUGGAGAAGAAUUUCUGCAAUUUCCCUAGACAGUACUUCAUCUUGCGUAAAAUCAUCAAAAGGCUGACGGGAGAUUUGAUGCUUGACCCUGAAACAGCCCACCCCAACCUCGUGCUCUCAGAGGACCGUAGAAGCGUGAAGUUUGUGGAGCAGCGUCUGCGAGAUCUGCCGGACAGCCCAAGGCGCUUCAGCGUAUACCCUUGCGUAUUAGCCACUGAAGGCUUCACCUCAGGCCGCCACUACUGGGAGGUGGAAGUGGGUGAAAAGACCCACUGGGCCUUGGGGGUUUGCAGUGACUCUGUAAGUCGCAAAGGGGAGACGGCUUCUCUACCAGAGACUGGCUACUGGCGAGUGAGACUGUUCAAUGGGGACAAGUACGCAGCUACCACCACCCCAUUCACCCCGCUCAACAUUACUGUCAAGCCCAAGCGAGUGGGCGUCUUCCUGGACUAUGAGGCCGGCAAGCUGUCAUUCUACAAUGUGACAGACCGCUCCCACAUCUAUACAUUUACUGAGAACUUCACAGAGAAACUUUGGCCUCUCUUCUAUCCAGGGAUCCGUGCAGGCCGCAAGAAUGCUGCCCCCCUCAUCAUUCGGCCUCCCACAGACUGGGAGUGACAAGCUGCGGCCUUGGUCUGAUAUUAGGCAAAAGGUCAUGUUGCGUGCACUAGCUGUGGUUAGAGCUGGGGAGAAAUUGUGUGUGCUGAAAGGUUAGCACCCUGGUAAACACUGCAUUGGGUAUCUGAAAUGGACCCCACCAUGGAAGGAUUAGGUGAAUUGUACACACAUAAAACGGAAAAGAAAUGUCGUGUUUUCCAGGUUUUAUUUGUUGGCAGCUGAGAGUGUACAUAAACAGCCCACCUUGCACUCCUUGUUAAGAGUGUGUGGGUGGGAGCAAAGAAAAAUGGCUCAGGAAUGGGCAGGUGCCUUCUUUUCUGGUACAGCCAUGCUUAUUUCAGGAGGUUAUCUCUGUAGCCCAUUCAGCCUCAUCAGUUGCUUGGGGUUGCAGUUUCCCUGCUGAUUUGGACUGCAGAGAUGAAAAAGGUGAAUUGGUGCUCCAGGCUUCUCUUCCCCCACCUCUUCCUGGAAGGUAGAAGCUGUCUGGUAGUAGUCCUAUAGAAACCGGUCUCGAGACCCCCAACGUGACUGUGAUUGUAUCUGACAGGCCAACCCUCACAACCUCCCAGUGGUGGAUGCUUUAACUUUUUUCUGUGGGGGUUUCCUGCCCAAGGUUCUCGGGGUCAUCUGACCCCCCUCCCUCACACCCAGGCUACCAGCACAGACUCAGUGGUGAGUUUAGCCAUGCUGAGACUUCUGCUUGUGGGCAGUGAGGCAAAGGCUGCCACCAUCCCACCCCCUGACAUUUCUGCAAUCAGGGAGCACCAAGGGCCCCAAUGGGGCAUGAAUGUCUUCCAGUAGUACGCGCAAAUGAAGAGAGAGGCUCCUCUCAAGACCUCUUUCUUUGGAAGUUCACUUUUGUAGCAUGUUUUACUUGGGAAGUGCGUGUGCGUACAUGCAUGCGUGAUGCUUUUCAUGUCAUCUUCCCCCUUCCCCAUCAUGCACUCUCGCUCCUUUUUGGUGAAGAGGAGCAGCAAAACAGGCUAAGUGCCUGUUCAAAGUGAGGGGAGAUCUGAUUAGGCCCAUGCUAUCAUGUCUGCCUGCCGCCUGUGUGACUGCAGUUGUCUUGGGAAGACACUUGUUUGUUUGUGUUUUUAAAAACUGUUGGAGCCUGCAAAUCAGGGAAAGCAGCAGCUGCAUAACAGUAGAGCACAGGGGUCAAACUUGCAGCCCUCCAGAUGUUAUGGACUACAGUUCCCAUCAUCCCAUGCCAGCAUCAUGCUGGCAGGGGAUGAUGGGAACUGUAGUCCAUAAAAUCUGGAGGGCCGCGAGUUUGACACCUAUGCAGUAGAGGCAAAAGAGAUAAGUGAAAUACCUUCCAUGGGCCCCAGUCUUUUCUCUCUUUGACCCUGUGGCAUUUGAAACAUCCUUACAGUUUUAUAGAUCAGCUGUGAGUUCCUUUACUUAAAGCAAAGUUCUUUUUAAACUGAAGGAAGUUGAAAUGGAAAUAAAGCAAGUGCUGGUUUUAAGCAAAGGUGUUGUGAAGUGACUGAAAAGGAACCCCAGGAAUUUCCCAUCUUUUACAGGAAGCCAGACUUUCCCAAAACUGAGAGCCUAGCUACAGGGAUCCGUGCAAGAGUUGUCAAGAAAUGGAUCAGAAUUCUGCACAUGUUCAGGUCCAGUUUUUAAAUGUUCAGAGUUCUGUGUGUGUGUCUGUGUGUCAUAACUGAGCUUGUUUGUCUGGGGUUCAGCCCCACAGAAGGUGGCUAAACUGUGAGUUCUCUCUGUGUGCUAAGGCUGUAGCCCCUUCAGAGAAGGGGUUGCCUUCAACUGGGCAAAUGACGUAGAGCAGGUCUUGUUUCUCGAUGGUCUGGGUGGGUUGGGGUUGUUGUUCAUAGUUUUGCAGCAUGUUAAAAGCAGGUGCCUGUGAUCUGAGAGAAUACCAAAGUCCAUGGGUUGCCGGCUAAUGCAGAAAAGGUGUUGUGCUGAGCACAUAGGAGUCUCUGGUUACAGUUGCUUGCUGAGAACAAACAGACUAUAGAAAGCUCACUUUCACUUCUGGGGAAAGCAGUCCAGAGCAAGGGGUAUCUGUUGAGCAAAAACAGAUCAAUCAUUCUGGUCCGGGUCCACAAAGCCAAAUCUUCAGCCCUGGAGCAGGUGCUGCAGGAACAAGCAGGCUGUUUCACAAAGUUGUUCCUGCAACGCUUGCUGUUCGUAGCUGCCUCAUUUAAGCCUGCAUUCUUGCUCAGUCUGAGUCCUGCCUUGCAGCCACCUGUUCUGCAUCUCUGGGCCUCCAACCAGGCACUGUGUCUUUUAGCAUGCAGAGCCUGACAGCCCUGCUGUCUGAGCAGCCUCACAGAACCAGGUGAGCCAGGGGAACUGUCUGUCCUGUCCUCUUGCUCUUAGCCUGGGCCAGCACUGUCCUCCACCUGUGUGACUGCUGGCAGCUGACAGGACUCAGCCCACUGUGGCUCUGGAGAUUCAGCCAGCUGAGACUGAUGGAGCCGGAUCAUCACGCCAGUAUUCCUCAUCUGAGGAAUCCUGGUUCGCUGCUGGGGAGCCGACGACAAAAGGCUUCCGUUCUCCAGCUCUGGAAAGUCUUACAUAGAAGGUGGAGAAGAGUGUUUUCUAUAUAAAGGAGAUUCCGCUCAUUGCUGGUCAUGAGCAGGAAAAUAUUGAGACUCACCCAGGCUACUUCAGCAGAUCAGGAGUUUAAAAAUCAUGAUGAGGGUUGUGUGUUUGAUUGGAAUACAAAAAUAAUGUGUCAGAGAACAUUAGCUAGAGCCGCCUUCUAAGCAUGGCAGGGCUAAAAAGCCAAAACCAAAAAGGAGCCCUUCAGAACAGCAUCUUUGGUGUAGCUGCUGAUUAAUUCCAUGAGUCCCUCCAAUCAUGCCGCUCCCACCUGAAUUCCUAUUGGCUAUGGGAAGCCAGUGAGGGAGACGAAAUUUGUGUGAUCAUUUUGAACCCUUGAACAUGAGUGGCUGCCGCGUUGGAAGUUCUUUGGCAACCCACAGCUUAGUGCGAGAAACUCACAUUGUGGCUUGUAAAGUUAUUAAUAAAAGUCUGUUUUGUUGA